GUGUCAGUGUGACUUUUUAAUCGAGUCAAUAUUUAAAGGAACAUUCCCGGAGAUGAAGAUCAGAGCCAUGCACUGAUUUUUCAAAUAAGUGGUGAACUUUGACAUUGCUGUGAUCACACGUUUCACUGCUCACCUACAUCCACCCACUGCUGGUCUGUACCUGAGGAGCCUCAGCUCAGUCCUCGCAGCUGCCUAGCCGUCCCACUGCGCCGUUCCGCUGAGCGGUACCGCUGAGACCGCAGCCGUUCCGCUGAGCCGCUCUCACCCACCGCUCGGAGGCGAUGGGUAACUCUGACGAGACAGAGGUGUCGCCGCCGCUGGCCGAGUCCGAGGCGGCCGCGCAGGGCGCCUCGGCCAAGGAGGAGCCGCCUGCCUCAGCGGAGGUCACACUCAACAUCGUCUACAAGAAGCAGAAGCUGCAGGUGCAGGCGGCGCUGGAUGGUACCGUGGAGACGCUCAAAAAGCAGCUGCACCCGCUGAUCGAGGUGCCACCCAGCAUGCAGAAGGUGAUGAUUCGCGGUCUGGCUCGUGACGACAAGACUCUGCGCCAGCUGGGAGUGACCAGCGGAGCGAAGGUGAUGGUGGUGGGUUCAACGCUCAAUGACGUCCUCUCCGUGGCCAAACCGGAUACUAAGGUGAGAGGGGGGAGGGGAUAG